ACAAAACAAACUUGUCCGAAUAACGGAAAACUAUUAAAAGAAGAAAGAAAAAAAAAAAAAAAAAAAAGGGAGAAAACUUGUCCUCACAUUCGUUAACCAAACCCUUCCCGCCAUUUCCCGUCACUUCCUCCGCACUCUUUUCCUUCUUCCUCCCUCUCGCUCUCUCUGAAAUCCGCCAUUUUUCUGCAUUUGAUGCUCAAGCUUCGUUCAUGCCAUUGCCUACGCCCAGUCCCAAUCUCUUUCCCCCGCCUCAAUUUCCCCUAUUUCUCUAUCCUCAUCUCCAGACCCUUCUUUCCUACCCCCAUAACCCUCUCCAGAAACCCUAGACCCCAUCAUUUGACCGCUAUGUCUUCUCGCCCCUCCGCUUUCGACGCUCUCAUGUCCGGCGCUCGCGCCGCCGCCGCCAAGAAGAAGGCCCAGCCCUCUUCUUCCCCCAAGAAACGCAAAUCCCCGGACUCAAAACCCUCUCAAAACCCCGAUUCGGCGACCGUCUUGGAAACCGAAGCGAAAGGCCAAGAAAACGGAGACGCCGCUGGAAAUGCUGUUGCGUGUAAGGAGGUGGCGGCGCUGCCGGCUGCAAAGAAAGUUUGCGUGUCGGCGAGCGCGCAAGAGAGGACAGCGCAGUUGAAGAGUAAAAUCGCUCAAUUGAAGAGAAAGGCUGGGGAUUUCGAUCCGAAAUUGAUCGAUUGUUUGAAGGAGGGAGAGAAAGUUCCGUUCUUGUUCCUCUGUUUGGCUUUUGACUUAAUUGCGAACGAGACGGGGAGGAUUGUGAUCACUGAUAUCGUGUGCAACACCUUGCGGACGGUGAUGCACACCACGCCUGAUGAUUUGGCGGCCGUGGUUUACCUCUCAGCGAACCGGAUUGCGCCGGCACACGAGGGGCUGGAGCUCGGAAUCGGGGAUGCCUCGAUUAUAAAGGCGCUUGCAGAAGCUUGUGGGGGGACUGAAAAACAGGUCAAAAAUAAGUAUCAGGUAUUGGGAGAUUUAGGUCUUGUUGCAAAAGCAAGCCGCUCUUCCCAGACCAUGAUGCGCAAGCCUGAUCCAUUGACUGUUACGAAAGUUUUUGAUACGUUUUGUCUCAUUGCUAAGGAAUCUGGGAAGGAUAGUCUAGAGAAGAAAAAGAACCAUAUCAAGGCACUUCUUGUUGCUGCUACUGAUUGUGAACCUCAAUAUUUAAUCCGAUUGCUUCAGGCAAAGUUGCGAAUUGGAUUGGCAGAGCAGACUUUAUUGGCUGCAUUAGGACAAGCAGCUGUAUAUAGUGAAAAACAUUCAAAUCCUCCUCCAAAAGUUCAGUCUCCAUUAGAAGAGGCUGUAAAGAUUGUAAAACAAGUGUACUCUGUACUUCCUGUUUAUGAUAAAAUAAUCCCAGCCCUUCUCAGCGAUGGUGUGUGGAAUCUUCCAAAAACAUGUAAUUUUACUCCAGGUGUCCCUGUUGGACCUAUGUUAGCAAAGCCGACAAAGGGAGUGUCUGAGAUUGUACAAAGGUUUCAGGAUACAGAAUACACCUGUGAAUACAAGUACGAUGGAGAACGUGCACAGAUACAUUAUUUGGAGGACGGUUCAGUUGAGAUAUACAGUCGAAAUGCUGAGCGAAACACUGGAAAAUUUCCUGACGUCGUCGCUGUAGUUUCAAGGUUAAAGAAGUCAUCUGUAAACUCAUUUGUCUUGGAUUGUGAACUGGUCGCUUAUGACAGAGAGAAACAGAAAAUUCUUCCCUUCCAGAUACUCAGCACACGAGCUCGCAAAAAUGUGGUCAUGAGUGAUAUCAAGGUUGAUGUUUGCAUAUAUGGGUUUGAUAUGUUGUAUCUUAAUGGUCGACCUCUUCUUCAGGAAGAACUAAAAGUUCGUAGAGAGUGUCUCUAUGAGUCGUUUGAGGAAGAGGCUGGAUUUUUUUUAUUUGCCACAGCAAUAACUUCAAAUGAUAUCGAGGAAAUACAAAAGUUUCUUGACGCUUCUGUUGAUGCCAGUUGUGAGGGUCUUAUUAUCAAAACGUUGAAUAAAGAUGCUACAUAUGAACCCUCCAAGCGGUCUCUUAACUGGCUCAAAUUGAAGAAGGAUUAUUUGGAUAGCAUAGGGGACUCACUGGAUUUGGUACCUAUUGCUGCUUUUCAUGGUCGAGGAAAACGCACAGGUGUCUAUGGUGCCUUUCUCCUAGCUUGUUAUGACAACAACAAUGAGGAGUUUCAGAGCAUUUGUAAAAUUGGCACUGGAUUUUCUGAAGCAAUGCUGGAAGAACGUUCUGCUAGCCUCCGUUCUAAAGUGAUUCCAAAACCAAAGUCAUAUUAUCGCUAUGCAGAGACCAUUAGUCCAGAUGUAUGGUUUGAGCCCACUGAGGUUUGGGAGGUGAAAGCUGCAGACUUAACUAUUAGCCCUGUUCAUCGUGCUGCAACUGGCAUCAUAGAUCCUGAUAAGGGCAUUUCACUUCGGUUCCCGCGCCUUGUUCGUGUCCGAGAGGACAAGACUCCAGAGCAAGCUUCAUCAUCUGAGCAGGUGGCUGAUAUGUACACUGCUCAAAGUCACAAUCAUUCAAAUAAUCAAGAUGAUAAUGAAGAUGAUUGAGUGACAAAGUUCGUUUCCUUUACUCUAAUCUGGAGAUUAUUUCUGCGUGUAAAGACCGCAAGUGAAAUGUUGAUACAGUCAAACAUUGAAUGAAGACUGCACUCAUGUGGUUGGACGUGCUAGGCUGUAAAUUUGUAACAGAUUUAGAUGCUCUUUGUAGAAGUUUCAGGCAAUCAAAAUAGUCCAAUUUGGGGUCCUGCAUCUGCAUUGGCUAUAUUUAUCGGCGGUAAACUUUGUUAUAUUCUAAGCAAAAAUAAAAAAAAAUUCUGU